UUGCCAAAUAUCCUUACAUCAUAAAUUCAAUGCAGCCUCAUUGAUUCUCAUGGUUAUCAAAGUCUAUUAGUCUAUUAGGUAUGUUCUUGUAUUGUUUUUGUACUUGUCCUUAACAUUCUUCAAUUCUUCAAUCCGCUCUCAAUUAUGAAGCCUUUAAAUAUAAGGCCUUUUCUUUCGAGACCUUCUUUAGCAAGGAGAUUAUGUAUAUUUCGAAAUUACGCUGUACAAUCCCCAGGAUCGCCCACAUUACAAGUUUUCGAUAGACAUACAAAAUAUCUACAAAAAGAACGUGCAGCUCUAGACAAGGAGAAAAGUAGACAAGUGGAUUACCUGAAGGAUGAGGUGGCCAUGCGACUUGCGGAAAGGUUAUUGGUGAGAUUCUUUGGUUCAAUUGAGUUCAAAUAGCUCAUGAUAAUACAGGAUAUCAACAGACAUUUUGAUCAUGUCUUAGACCUUGGAGCGAACUCAUGUAACAUAGCAAGAGCUCUCACUCUACCCGGUCCAGACAUCAACCCCGCGAAGCCUACGUCUCCUCCACUUUCCUCCCGCAUUACUCGUCUCACGGCCGCAGACUCAUCUCGAAAUAUGUUACAUCGAGACGAAGAUUUACCGUUCAAUAAGGAAAUAAACCUCACACGCGAAGUGCUUGACGAUGAGGAAAGGUUGCCUUAUGAAGCAGGAACAUUUGAUGCAGUGUUGAGCUCUUUGAGUAUGCAUUGGAUCAACGACCUUCCAUCUCUACUCGCGCAGAUCAAUCACGUAUUGAAACCAGAUGCACCUUUCAUUGCAGCAAUGUUUGGUGGCGAUACAUUAUUUGAGUUGCGCACUUCAUUGCAGCUCGCAGAUACGGAACGAAGGGGAGGAGUCUCUCCACAUGUUUCACCUCUAGCAGAUGUAAGAGAUAUUGGAGGAUUGCUGCAGAAAGCGGGGUUCAAAAUGUUAACCGUGGAUAUUGAUGACAUCAUUAUUGACUUUCCCGAUACAUUUGCCCUGAUGCAAGAUUUGCAGCGGAUGGGCGAAAGCAAUGCCAUACUAGGAAGAGAGGCAGGUGCAAUCAAGAGGGAUGUACUUCUGGCAAACGAGGGAAUAUAUCGAGAAUUACAUGGAAACGAGGAUGGGACAAUACCUGCAACAUUCAGGAUGAUAUAUAUGAUUGGUUGGAAGGAAGGACCGAAUCAGGCACAACCAUUACCUCGAGGUAGUGGAGAGAUCAAUAUCAAAGAUAUUCUUGGCGGUGGAGAGGUUAGAUGAAAAUGCAUUGUUCAGAUAACAAUGCUUGCGCUGUGCAGUACUCGUCGACAUGAAAUAAAUAUGUAAUAUCACCUGUCUCAAGGACCUCAAGG